AUGGAGUUUGAGAAAUUUAUGGAGGUAGGAAAAACCUUAGGCCUGGAGAAAGCAGAGCUGCAGAAAUUUGUUAAAGAGCAGAUGGAAGAAUUGAAGGAACUAAAGAGAUUAGAAAGGGAAGAUCGAUUAAAGGAAAGAGAAGCAGCCAAAGAACUAGCAGAAAUGGAAGCCGCCAAAGAGUUAAGGAAGAAAGAACUAGCGGAAGCAAGCCAAAGAGUUAAGGGAGAGAAGCAGGAAAGAACUGGAAAUGCCGCCAAAGAGUUAAGGGAAAGAGAUGUUGCUAGAGAGUUGGCAGAAAUCAAGGAGAGGCAGUGGGCAAGUGAAAGAGAGGAGCGAGAACGAGAAAGACAGUUUGAAUUAACUAAGCUGGAAAUGGAGACAGGUAACCGAGCAGGUUUGUUGAAAUCAAAUGAUGUAAGUGUUCAGAAAGUUAAAUUGAAAAUGAAUGUAUUUCAAGAUGGUAGAGAUGACAUGGAUGCUUACUUGACAAGCUUUGAAAGGAUGUCCAUAGCUCAGAAGUCACCACAGAAGGAUUGGGCAAUUCACUUAGGAACCUUAUUGACAGGUAAAGCUAGAGAUGUAUAUGUAAGGCUAAAUAGCGAAGAUGCGAUGGAUUAUGAUAAACUAAAGAAUGCUCUGUUACAUAGAUACGAUUUGACGCAGGAAGGAUUUAGACAGAAGUUCAGAACAGCGAAAGUAGAAGUAGGAGAAACAUACACACAGUUUCUGAGUAGAAUGACAGGUUAUGUACAUAGGUGGAUUAAAAUGAGUGGAAUUAAUCAAGAUUUUGAAGGAUUGUUAGAUUUAUUAUUGAGGGAACAGCUUUUGAAUUCUGCAAGUACUGAAUUAACAUUGUAUUUAAAAGAGAGAACACCAGAGAGCGCAGAUAAAAUGGCGAGUUUAGCAGAGACAUUUGUAGAAGCCAGAAAAGGAGCAGUCCACAGCAUAAAACAGGAAGAAAGAGACCGGAGACAGUAUGUAGGAGGAGAAAGAGGACGAAUACCGGGUAAGAACUUUUCAAACAACUAUAAUUCACACACUAAUUCACACAGAUGUAGUGAAUCUCAUCGGCCAUGGGCACCCAAGUGUUUUGUUUGUGAUAAAAAGGGUCAUAUAGCCAGAGAAUGUCCAAAUAGGAACAAAUCGACAAGAGAGAUACGUGAUAAAGAGGUUAUUGCAUGUAUGGUUUCAAUGAAGAAAAACAGAUUAGUGGAAAGAGACGAUAGCAAUAUGAAUGUGUUUGUAGGGACAAACUUAGGAAAAGAUACUACCAUCAUUAGAGAUACAGGAUGUUCCACAGUAGUGAUCAGGAAGUGUUUAGUACCUGAGAAUGACAUGACAGGAGAGAUAGGUAGUUAUGUGACUUUAGAUGGCGAGGUGAAAGAAGCCCCAUGGUGUGAGACUUACAUCAAAACGCCUUAUUACACAGGGAAAGUCAGAGCUAUGGUUUUAGAUAAUCCCAUAUAUGAUAUUGUCAUUGGAAACGUGAUAGGAGCUAAAGAUGCCACGAAGAGAGAUAUAGCACAGACAAUAGGAAUCAUGGAGACAAGAGCCCAAGUGAAGAGGAGAGAAAUCAGAAAAUGCAGCCAUUGA